AUGGACGUGUAUAGGCACUCUCGACCUGAUGGCGCCGAUAAGCAAAGUUCAGCAUUUCAAUAUCCAUUUGGAAACCUGCCCAAACUGGAGUCGCACAUCCAGCCUCACUGGGUCGUCCUCAAUGCUGGCAUGAAGCUGGAUUCAAGAUCACCAUGCGAAAUGGACGCUUUCUACGGGCGCGUCGCCGAUGCCUACGACAUCAGUAGAGAAGUUGCGAAGGAUUUCAUCGAUGAUCUAAUCACUCUUAACAAAAGAUGGAGGUCCGUCACCCCAGCGGAUGAUGCCACGAGCCAGGAGAUGGCGUCAUUCAAAGUUGCGCUACCCCAGGUCACGCUACCCAAGGUUACGCUACCCAAGGUUACGCUACCCAAGGUUGCGCGACCCAAGGCUGCACGACCCAAGGUUGCGCUACCCAAGGUGGCGUCACCCGAGGUUGCGCCACCCAAGGUCGCGUCACCCGAGGUUGCGCCACCCAAGGUCGCGUCACCCGAGGUUGCGCUACCCAAGGUGGCGUCACCCAAGGUGGCGUCACCCGAAGUCGCGUCCCUCCAGGUCGCGCCGCCCCAGGUGGCGUCGCCCGAGGGUGCCUCAACAACCCAGGUUGUGUCACCCGAGGUUGUGGACGUUGUGGAUACUGUCUCUGGCGAGAGCAAAGACUCGAGGUCCAACAAGUCCAGCGGUAGCAAUCGUUUCAUCAAACCCAUGACGACGACGACUUUUCAAGACUAUUUGCAAAAACGUUCUCCAAGCUCUCCCCAUUCGCCCUCUCUACGGAGUCCUGUACGGGAGGUAAAACGCAGCAAGAUCAGCUCUAUCUACAGUGGAAGGAAGCCUAAGAUCACUUAG